AUGAGCGAGGAAGUUGUUGACCCUAUUCAUGCUAUUCGGCAAGAAUGCCGAGAAACCAAAGAGUGUCAGAAGUUCGUUAAGCUCUUCGAAUCCUGUUCGGCUCGUCAGCCCAAAACAAAAGAAAGUUGCGAAGAAGAAUUCAUUGACUUGGUUCAGUGUAUCGAUAAAUGCGUUGGACCAAAACUCUUUAAAGUUCUGAAGUAG